AUGGGCAGCGAGGAAGCGCCGCUGUUACUGCCGCCGCCGGCGGUGGAGGGUUGUCCUGGCUGCGCCAUGGAGCGGCGGAAGGCGAGCAGCAAAGGGAGGAUCCCCUACAGGGAGCUCUUCUUCGUCGGCGUCACCUCCCUCGCCUCAUCUGCAUCUUACAUGGUGGGUAGAGCUGUUUCUGCAAUUUUUUGGGGCAUUAUCGCAGACCGUAUUGGACGGAAGCCUGUCAUCACAUUUUCAAUCUUGUCUGUGGUCAUAUUUAACACACUAUUCGGUCUAAGCACAACGUAUUGGAUGGCAAUUGCUACAAGAUUUGUGCUGGGUGCUCUAAAUGGCCUACUUGCUCCAAUAAAGGCAUAUUGUGUUGAAGUUUGUCAAACUGAACAUCAGGCACUUGGACUCUCACUUACCAAUUUGGGUCUUAUUGUUGGUCCAGCUCUUGGAGGCUACCUUUCACAGCCUACGGAGAAAUAUCGCCAAAUAUUUUCUGACGGAUCUGUUUUCGGAAGUUUUCCUUAUCUUUUACCUUGUCUAAGUGUAUCGGCAAUUGCUACUCUUGUCCUAAUAAGCUGUACAUGGCUUCCGGAAACUAUACACAGGCAUAAAGUACCUGAAAAGGAUACCAAAGUAGUCAAAGCAUUUUCAUCACAAGAGGGCUAUCGGGAUUCACCUCGCAAAAAAAGUUUGCUCCAGAACAGGCCUUGGAUGUCAACUAUGCUACCUUACUGUCUUUUUAGUCUUCAUGACACAGCAUAUAGUGAGAUACUUUCCUUAUGGGCUGUGAGCUAUCGUAAGUAUGGUGGCCUUAGCUUCUCAACGGAAGAUAUUGGCGAGGUUCUUGCAAUGGCAGGUGCUAGCUUCCUAGUAUAUCAGCUUAUCAUUUAUCGCUGGGUUCAUAAAAUUCUUGGAACAGUCAACUCAUCACGUAUUGCUUUGUCUCCUGCUGUGUCUAUACUUGGUCUUGCAACUUAUCCCUUUAUGACAUACCUAUAUGGAGUGGAACUUUCCUUGGCUCUUUAUUCUGCAGCCAUGAUGAAAAGUGGUCUUGCAAUUACUGCUACGACAGGAAUUUGCCUUCUGCAGAACAAUGCUGUGUGUCAAGAACAAAGAGGCACCGCAAAUGGUAUAUCAACUACUGCAAUGUCAUUUCUCAAGUCGAUUGCUCCUGUAGGGGCAGGGGCUCUAUUCUCAUGGGCACAAAAACGUCAAGAUGCCACUUUCCUGCCAGGUGAUCAGGUGGUGUUUGUGGUGCUGAAUUUGGUGCAGCUCCUUGGGCUGAUAUCCACCUUUGAACCCUUUCUGGUGUUGCCUGCAUUAGCAGUUUAG